GGGCGUCUCGAGGGGUGAGAGAGUUGGCGGCGAAGUCUCGGCCGGUAAGCGAGCGUCGGCGAGUGUCUUGCCGCGAGAGGAGGCAAGUUGGGGUCCAGGCUCCAAAGCCGGUGGCCGCGUACCGCGGUGGAGCCGCUGUCCUUGAGGUCUGAGGAGAGAACAGUGAUAUCCUGAGAGAAGAUGGGAAAGGGCUGCAAGGUUGUGGUUUGUGGAUUGUUAUCUGUGGGGAAAACUGCAAUUUUGGAGCAGCUGCUUUAUGGAAAUCAUACUAUUGGAAUGGAAGAUUGUGAAACGAUGGAAGAUGUAUACAUGGCUUCAGUAGAAACAGACCGAGGAGUAAAAGAACAGUUACAUCUUUAUGACACCAGAGGUCUACAGGAAGGUGUGGAGCUGCCAAAGCAUUAUUUUUCAUUUGCUGAUGGCUUUGUUCUUGUGUAUAGUGUGAAUAACCUUGAAUCCUUUCAAAGAGUGGAGCUUCUGAAGAAAGAAAUCGAUAAGUUCAAAGACAAAAAAGAGGUAGCAAUUGUUGUAUUAGGAAACAAAAUUGACCUUUCUGAGCAGAGACAAGUGGACGCUGAAGUGGCACAGCAGUGGGCAAAAAGUGAGAAAGUAAGACUGUGGGAGGUGACUGUUACAGAUCGGAAAACUCUGAUUGAACCAUUCACUUUAUUAGCCAGUAAACUUUCUCAACCCCAGAGCAAAUCAAGCUUUCCUUUGCCUGGGAGGAAAAACAAAGGGAACUCUAGUUCUGAGAACUAAAAAUCAGUAAUUCCACAAUUGUAUGUUGAAUAGUGAUUGCCUUUAAGUGUCUGUGAACAUGGAGUAAUAUUACUAUUUAAAACAGGCCAUUUAUAUCUACAUUUGGUCCUUAAGAAAAUUCCUAAGGAAGUCAUUUAAUGCACUUUAGAUGUUAAAAGAAUUUGGGCUAAGGUUAUUAUUGCCUGAUAUGAAAUAAUAUAUUCUUAUUCUCAUUGUUUGAAACCUGUCUUUGAAAUUAGCACCUUUGUUAUUUAUGUUGUACUUGUGAAAACAGUAGAAUAGUUUGGAUAGUUAUGCAAAUACACCUAUGUGUAACUUCCCCCCAACCCCAAGCUGUUUCGGAAGGUAUCAUCACUCUGUGUAACAUUAUGCAAACUUCUAAGCCCAAACAUGACUUUGUUUUUAAAAAGUUCAUUAAUCUAAUGUCUAGGAUUAUAAAACAACAUUUUUUGUGUCUAAAUUGGACCCAAAACACUGAACGGUUUGGGGUAGUAAGCUAAAUUUCAUCUUGUGGUGAUUUUGCCAAACAGACUAAGACCCAUGAUUUAGCUUUGCUCAAAUUAGAACGUUUAGCAUGAGUUGAGGUACCAGGUAGGGUAAGUAGGUUCAUCACAUUCUGAGGCCAUUUUUUUCCUCAGCCAGACCCCUGUUAAUAGACCAGAUACUUGAGGGCAAACUGUUUGCUCCUCCUCUUGAAAAUGCUUAGGCACUUAAGGACAAUAAAGCUGUAUUUUCUGGAAGGAAGACUGUAUCUUCUGGAAUAGUUUUCUAGAAAACUAGUCAUAUACAAUAAAAGUAUCAAAAAUAUUGGACUCUAGAUGAUCUAACUUAGAUGUCUGAGUUUGUUUCUCUAAAGAUUUUGGCAAGACUCGAGCAAUGUGGCUGACUGUAACUUUAUUAAUUUAAAAGGUAGGAAGCUACGUAGUGGUUGCACCUGUGAAAUAACUACUUUGAAAUGUAACAUAAGCUAUUCAGCAAAGAACAUAUUAAAACAUCAAGUAAUUUGUAACAUCUUAAA